CAAUGACACCACCAUAUGAACCGGGGCUCGGCCGCCCGAGUCGACAUUCCUGCUCCGCCGUCGAACCUCUUCACAUCACUCUCCUCGCCCUACUCGGUGUAUCAGCGCAUCUUUUCGUCAAAUCGAUUGAUCGAAAGUGAACGUAUAGGAAUCAAGAUGAAGGGACCAAUGUACGCCAUGCUUGUCUUGGGCCUUGUAGGCUGCUGCUUCGGGGCAAACCGUGAGUGUUAUGAAUGCACAUACAGCAGUUUGCUGACGUCAGACUCCUCGUGUGAGGCACCUUCUGAAUCUGCUAUCAAGAGGACCUGCGACGGCACAUGCAUGAAAACUUACAGUGAAGUUGGUAGCCUCGUCACCAUCACACGUUCGUGUACUUCUCAGUGCAUUGCGCUUGACUGCGUCGAAGCGGGCGGUGCCAAGACUUGCUCUACAUGCUGCGACACCGAUCUGUGCAACGGCGCAGGCUCUGUGACCUUUAACCUCGUUGCUAUGGUCAGCCUGAUUGCCACCGUCUGGGGGCUGUCCAAAUAAAAUGGCUACCGUAACAAUGGACGUCACCGUAAAGAGCUGAUUAAGCAGGGAAAAUAAUAUCAAUUUUGUUUUUGGAUUCCCGGGUAACACAAAUAUAUUAAUUUUUUGUUUUUUACCCAUACACCGAUGUGUGUUUUAGCACUGUAUACUCAGUACUUUCCCGAGUCCUGCGCACAAAAAUACCACAGGUUUAUUACUCGGAUGGGAUUCGAACCCUCGACUCUUGCAUUUCUAGAGCAAUUUCUUACCAACUAGACUACUGCUCUAGA